AUGUCAGGGUACAGCUGUCACACUAGUGAGAAGCAGAAAAAAUUGAGCAAGUCUGAGUUUGUGGUCAUCCCUGAGGCAGAAGAUGAAGAACUGGAGUGGAAAUACACCAAGGUACUUGACAGUUUGAAGUUUACAGCCAGUGAGAGUGAGUCAGAGGAUGAGCUUGAACAUGAUGAUGCCACAUUCCAAGUCAUGGGUGUUGGUGAGGCUGAUCUUGGUGCUCAGUUGAUCAACCUUGCCAUUAGUGCUGGUGAUGACCCUCUUGGUGAGACUUGGUUACCUCUGAGAAAAGCAAAGUGUGCUGCCCAAUGA